AUGAGACUCCUUCUAGCAGCAGUUUUCACUUCUCUGGUCUCGGCCAUUCCUGCAAAGCGCGCUCAACCUAACAUCCCACUCGAUGUCGCCAUUCCGACCUCUUUCCCUCCCGUCCAGGACGGCGCAACCCCCUACGUAACCAACAACGCGGACAAGGCAAAGAGAGAAGAGGCUAUCGAGGGUCGCGCUGCUGCUGCGACUCUGAUUGUCGAUAUCUGGGAGGACGCUGACCGCGGAGGCCGCCAUGAGGGCCUCUAUACCGAUACCCAGAAAUGCUAUGGUCUUUUCAACGGCUGGAAUGACAGGAUUACCUCGCUAUCUGUGCCGAAUGGAUACGCCUGCUACUUCUGGAGCGAUGCGGACUGCCAGGGUAAUAGACUCAGUGUCCCUGGCGGCAAUUACAUCGCUAAUGUCGGCGUUUACGGCUUCAACGAUGUGAUCUCCAGCUAUCUUUGCUGGAAUUGA